AUGUCGACAAAGCUAAAUAGAGUUCUAAGAAAUUAUGAUGGUGGACAUGUAGAACCUAUGGAAUGCGUUUCGAUUUUCACUCAUACAGGCCGCCCUUUUGAGCAUUUGAAUCAUGGAAGAAUGUUGUCAAAUGAAGAGAUAUUUUAUUCUCAUUUACAAGAAACAAUACCAAAUAUCAGCGAUCAACAAGUUAAGCAAAUGCGAGAGCGAAAACUCGCAAAUUGGUUAAAAAAAGUGGUGGAAGAUGAUGAGGAUAUAGAGGAAGAGGAAGAGAAAGAGGAUACUGAAGAGUCAGAUGACGAUUUAAAAGAUGAUGGUGUGGAUAGUGAUGAUGAUGUGAACUUAGAAGAUGAUUAUUCUAAAUGA